CGCAAGUUUCAAGUCAAUCAGAGAUCAAUUGACGAUUCAGGAGAAGAAACUCGGGUAUGACCUGAAGAAGAAUGGAUUUAUACCUCACUUUAUGGACAAAGAAUCAUGCAAUAUUUUCAUGAAAAGAAAGAGGACGAGACUACGAGCGUCUGGGAUCAAACGGCGACUGAUUCGGAGUCCGGACGAGGGAGAAACUAAGCAUUAAACAGAGGCUGAGCAAGCCACACGGGCACAAUCCACACGGCCGUGUGACCUGGCCAUGUGGCCGUGUGGGAAUCACCGAGCCUUCACACGGGCAGCUGGGAAAGCCACACGGCCGUGUGAGUCGGGAAUUGCUGUUUAAAACCCGAUUUUCAGCAAAAGGAAAGGGGGAGAGCUGGGUUUUGGAUCCCAAACACCCAAGGGACGAACCCUAGAGAGAGAGCGACUUGGGAACAUUCUUGGAGCUAUUUUGGAGGAUUUCUUCGCCAUUGGAGCUCGGGAAUCAAGCUUGGAGAUGGAGAUUGAAGAUCUAGAUCAGAUUUCUACAGUUUCUCUCUUCUCUAUGGAGUAACUUCCCUUCACUUAGGUUUUGAGGAACCUUAGUUCCAUGAGUUAGGAUCUUUCUUGUAUGAAGUUUUGGAUGCUAUAUUGUUUGAUUAUAAUCGAAUGAUGCAUGUUUAUUGAGUCAAUUGAAGUCUGAUCAACUUUUCCUGAUUCCUGCUGCAAUCUGAGAUAGAUAGAAUCUGAUUAGGUUGCUAGAGUCUCAUCAUUCGGUAGUAGGAGAUUGGCUAUACGAGAGUUAGCCAGUUUACUACUUUGUACUGGAAUCCAAUUCCAGUAGUGGAGUUCUGUGCUUAUUGCUUCAGCUUUCUAUCCCGGUGAAGACUAGUCGUCUGCCGGAUAGUUAGACUGAGAGGGCUUGGUCAGCUUAAGAGAUUCCAAGCUACUGUCGGAUCUUCCGCAGUUUAAUGAACAGUAAAUCAACCAAAAGGAAUUACAACGUGGACCUAAUUGAGGAGCUAGGGGGAAUCAUACCUAAGUGAGUUCCCAAACUGUAAUUAGUAGUUUUACUUAGUUUAGUUAGUAGAGUAGUUUAGUUAAUCAAUCCUUAAUCUAGUUUGCUAGAUAAUGAACUGAAGCUGAGUAAUAGUAACUCUAGAGACCCGUGGAUUCGAUAUUUAUUACUUGUGCCACUAUACUGCAGUCCCUUUCAUUGGUUACACUUGGCCAUUGUUAGGUGUUGUGUUUUAGAGCAUCAAGUUUUUGGCGCCGUUGCCGGGGACUUUCUAGAGUAUUAGGAAAGGAAGAAGUUUGUUACUUUAGCGUUUUUAUUUUCUUUUCUUUUCCACCCUUGCUUUUCACUUGGGUGUUUUUGUUUUUGUUGGUGCAGAUCUGAAUUAUGGAUCCUAAUGGCUUCUCCAAUCAUUGGGGGUAUCCACCACCAUCUGGGUGGUAUUACCCCGAGACUCCCUACAGCAAUCAAGGAGGAGAAGACUAUGGAUUCGGGUUCCAGUACGAACCCCCUUUCUACGGAGAACAACCAGACCCCUGGGCAUAUCAAGAACAACCUCAUUACCAAGAAGACUUUCUCCCACAACCAGAAAAGCCAUCGGAGCUGGAGUUACCCAUGGCGGCCUUCACGGGCCACUCUGCAGAGCCAUGCUACACUUCACUGGAGGAUCCGAACGAACAAUUAAGGCUUCUCGUGGAGCAGUUUGCUCGAGACACUGAGAGAUCAUGCUCCAAGAUGGAUCUUCAAAUCAAAGCCCUUGCUGCUUCCGAUCCCUCAUUUCUCCAUGAUAUGGAGGAGACUGUUCAGCGCUCAGCAAAGCAAACAGAGUGGGUGGAGCAAGUUUGCUCACAUCUUGCUCAAGAUCACCUUUCUGCUACCACACUAGAAGAGGUGGAGGAUGACAAAGGCUAUGGGAGCGUUGAGGAGCAUACAGAAGUUAUCACAGAGAACUCCCAUGAUAACCAUGAUCAGGAAAGUCCUUUGGUUGCAGACCACACCUUUCCUCAUUUAUGCUCUAACAUGCUGGGCCCGUGCGAGGAGAUGCAAGAUGAUCCCAUUGAAGAAAUUGCUUGGCGACUUGCUCUCCAAUCUGUUCUAGAAGAAGAAGAGCGAGCAAGGAUGAGGAAGGAAGUUGUGGAUGAUGAGGAAGAAAGAAAAGAAGAGGUGGUUCUUGAUCUUUUCCCAGGGGAGAGACCACAUUUUGAACAAGGAAGGGGAGUUGAGGAAGCAAUUGGCGUCCAGGCUGAGGAUGAAGUUGAGGUGGAAGAGGCAUGCACCGGCCAUGAGUUGCAAGUAAUAUCCCCACCAAACUUUGAGGAACUGCUUGGCAAGGACCCAUUUGCAGUGUCUCUUUGCCAGACCAAGGCCACAUCGACAUCGGUCCCUCUUGGUGGACGCGAUGGUGGUCGGUCGAUGCUGUCAUAUCUGGUUUGGGGCAAUGAGACAAGAGAAGAGAAUAAGAGGUCUCGAGGGUGGAGACUUCAUCUGCAUCAAGUACAUGAGCCUUCAUCACCUGCCACACCACAUGCUCGUGACUUGAGACUCCACCUCAUCGACGAGAACCUCAACUUCAAGGAGGUUCUAGCAUGGACCGAAACUUAGGAGCCAUCGUCCGGCUCACGACGUGAAAGAAGCGCUUGUUGGGAGGCAACCCAACCAGUCGGUUUGCAUUUCUUUCUCUAUUUCUCCUUGGUUGAGUCAGUUUUGUUUUUGGAUUUUAGAGUCAAUAACUCAACCUUUGUGAGAUUUUGUGUGGUGUUUGUGUUCUGAUUACUCUCUCUUCCUGGAAUGCACUGCCUGACCCAUACAUAAUCAUUCACCCUUGAUCUGGUAACUUCGUUCUACCCUCCUUAUCUUUCCUCCAUUGAGGACAAUGUCGUGCUUAAGUGUGGGGGGGGGUGUUCGAUUAUGUAUGCGGGUGAAUGUUUGGCUGUUUGUGUGCUUGGAGCCUAGUCCACUGUCCAAAUUUUUAAAUUUGAGGGCUCCAAGUACGUGUUUCCUUGCAAAUUUCCUGCUCAGUAUGCUUUGAAUUGACAGUCUCUAUAGUAAUGUGCAAUCUUGUCAUGAAAAGAAAGAGGACGAGACUACGAGCGUCUGGGAUCAAACGGCGACUGAUUCGGAGUCCGGACGAGGGAGAAACUAAGCAUUAAACAGAGGCUGAGCAAGCCACACGGGCACAAUCCACACGGCCGUGUGACCUGGCCGUGUGGGAAUCACCGAGCCUUCACACGGGCAGCUGGGAAAGCCACACGGCCGUGUGGCCUGGCCGUGUGAGUCGGGAAUUGCUGUUUAAAACCCGAUUUUCAGCAAAAGGAAAGGGGGAGAGCUAGGUUUUGGAUCCCAAACACCCAAGGGACGAACCCUAGAGAGAGAGAGCGACUUGGGAACAUUCUUGGAGCUAUUUUGGAGGAUUUCUUCGCCAUUGGAGCUCGGGAAUCAAGCUUGGAGAUGGAGAUUGAAGAUCUAGAUCAGAUUUCUACAGUCUCUCUCUUCUCUAUGGAGUAACUUCCCUUCACUUAGAUUUUGAGAAACCUUAGUUCCAUGAGUUAGGAUCUUUCUUGUAUGAAGUUUUGGAUGCUAUAUUGUUUGAUUAUAAUCGAAUGAUGCAUGUUUAUUGAGUCAAUUGAAGUCUGAUCAACUUUUCCUGAUUCCUGCUGCAAUCUGAAAUAGAUAGAAUCUGAUUAGGUUGCUAGAGUCUCAUCAUUCGGUAGUAGGAGAUUGGCUAUACGAGAGUUAGCCAGUUUACUGCUUUGUACUGGAAUCCAAUUCCAGUGGUGGAGUUCUGUGCUUAUUGCUUCAGCUUUCUAUCCCGGUGAAGACUAGUCGUCUGCCGGAUAGUUAGACUGAGAGGGCUUGGUCAGCUUAAGAGAUUCCAAGCUACUGUCGGAUCUUCCGCAGUUUAAUGAACAGUAAAUCAACCA